AUGGGCAUGCAAGGACGUUGCCAGUGUGGCAAAAUCAAAUUUACCACACCAACAGAGAAACCCUUCAAGAUCUACGCCUGCCACUGCACCGAAUGCCGUCACCAAAGCUCCUCCGCCCAUGGCAUCUCAGCCAUCUUCCCCUACUUUGAGCUCCCAGAAUCGGUUUCUGAGCUUGUGGGGAGCUACACCCGGCUCACCAUUACAGGAAGACACUUGGAGUGUCUGUUCUGCAAGAUCUGCGGUGCUAGAAUCUUGCAUCGCCGCCAUAAAACCAUGCCCGCGCCAGGCGAAAAGGCGGGCCCUCCAGCCACUGUCAGUGUGAAGGCUGGUUGUCUUGAGGAUCUGAAUAAGGAGAUGAUGAGGGAAGCUAUUCAUAUUUGGACUCAGCAUGCGGUUGUAGAUAUCCCGGAGGGCGUGGAGCAGUGGGAGCAGGAACCGCCUAAUUAA